AUGACUAGAGUGAAAGGCAUGUCUUCAACGGCAAUAACAUUGGCAUCACUUCCACCGCCAGUGUUGGCCACCUCUGGACACACAGCCACUCAUGAGACAAUGUUAUAUGAAUACGAGUUGGGGUUCACUAUAACUAGUGAUAUAAUACAAUCGCUGUUUAGGGCAACGGAUCUAUUGUUGGAUACAUUGCGACAUCACAUGAAACAAUCGCUGUUUAGGGCAACGGAUCUAUUGUUGGAUACAUUGCGACAUCACAUGAAGUAUUGAAUCGAGUAUUAAAAGUACGCCAAAAUAGUUGAGUGAAAUAAUGCCACACAUUAACUGUGUUAAGAAAGCGGACUACUGGACCAAUUCAAGGCCACCUAUCGCCAAUUUUAAAGUAAGUUUUC